AUGGCAUACAAUGGCAGGCGGGGUCCUAAUGUCUCGGAGUACAUUGCGAACUUGAAUGCGAUCCCAUCCGCCCAAGACCUACAAUCCUCGCAGGACAACACUUUCAACCUCGAAGAUGACCUGGCUAUGUUCACGAAUACAAACUUCUUUGAUUUCGAUCUAGGAGUACAAGAUGGAGAUAUACUUGGAGGUGGUCCAGAUGCACAAGCUCCCGCUGCUUCAGAGGGAACCGACAUGAAGUCGUUGGAUUUUGGUCUGCAAGGCAACUUCGAGUUUCCAGACUUCAAUGCAUUUGCCCAGCCAACUUCGUUCACCGACGGUAAUGGCCCGAUUCAGCCACCACCCAUCAAUACAAACCAACCUUUGUACCCAGCUCCAUCAAGCGCUGGGUCGCCAGCCUCUGGCUUGACUACACCAGCGACAGGCACGAAGCGAAAGGCUGGAUCCAUGUCUCAGAGCUCACCAGCUCCUGAUUUCGAGGAAGCCUCGCGUAUGGCUGCUGAGGAGGAUAAGCGUCGCCGCAAUACUGCGGCAUCUGCGCGAUUCCGAGUGAAGAAGAAGCAACGUGAACAAGCACUCGAGAAGACAUCCAAGGAAAUGAGCGACAAAGUCAGCGCUUUGGAGGGACGCAUCAACCAACUUGAGACGGAGAACAAAUGGUUGAAGAAUUUGAUUACGGAGAAGAAUGACAACAAAGAGGAUAUCAACUUGUUAUGGAAAAAGUUCAGUCAGGAGACUGCUGUCGGACGGAAAACCUCCGAACGCAAAGACGGCGUAGGAACUAAGGCAUAA